AGGAGGCUAGGCGGAGAGAGUCGGGCUCUGGGCCACCGCCAUUUUGGUUGCGUCUGGCCAGGGCCGGCGGGUUUGUCAGGCGCGGAGCCGGGCGGCGGCGGCGGCGGGGCGGGAUGUCGGCGUUCUCGGAGGCGGCGCUGGAGCGGAAGCUCUCGGAGCUCAGUAACUCCCAGCAGAGCGUGCAGACGCUGAGCCUCUGGCUCAUCCACCACCGCAAGCACUCGGGGCUCAUCGUCACCGUCUGGGAGCGGGAGCUGCGCAAAGUUUCCUCCAGUGUGCCAAGGAGGACAGACAAAUUCUCCCACAGUUCACUGGGAAAGAAUCUGUUGCACAGUUUACUGCAGCACAAAGAACCGUGGGACGUAUCCCCAGAAAGUCCUGAGGAUGCACAUAGGGGAGCGCACCAUAACUUGGCAAAACCAAAUAGGAAGUUGACAUUUCUGUACCUGGCCAACGAUGUCAUUCAGAACAGCAAAAGGAAAGGACCAGAAUUUACAAAAGACUUUGCACCAGUUAUAGUUGAGGCCUUUAAGCAUGUUUCAAGUGAGUCUGAUGAGAGUUGUAAGAAACACCUUGGCCGUGUGCUCUCUAUUUGGGAAGAAAGGUCUGUUUAUGAAAAUGAUGUAUUAGAACAACUUAGGCAAGCUUUGUAUGGUGACAGAAAGGCCAGGAAGCGCACAUUUGAACAGAUAAAAGUUGAUGAAAAUAACUGUUCAGCACAAAGUUCUCCAAGUGACCCUCCACAGACUACAGAUCUUAUUAGAGCAUUACAAGAACUAGAAAAUGCAGCCUCUGGGGAUGCAGCAGUUCAUCAGAGGAUAGCUUCAUUGCCUGUAGAGGUCCAAGAUGUGUCCUUACUAGACAGAAUAACAGAUAAGGAAUCUGGAGAACAGCUUUCCAAGAUGGUAGAUGAUGCUUGCAUGGUACUGGCGGAUUACAAUGGCAGGUUGGCGGCUGAAAUAGAUGAUAGAAAACAAUUAACUCGAAUGUUAUCAGACUUUCUGCGGUGUCAAAAAGAAGUCCUUGCAGAAAAAGAGCAUAAGUUGGAAGAAUACAAGCGUAAGUUAGCCAGAGUAUCCCAGGUGCGAAAAGAACUCAGGUCACGCAUCCAGAACCUUCCUGAUCUGUCUCGACUUCCCAAUGUCACAGGCAGUCAUGUGCACCUACCAUUUGCUGGAGACAUCUACAGUGAUGAUUGAUAAGAACCUCUAUUUCUAUAGCCUCUGCUCUUCUGUGGAGUGAGGGGUAGGUCAGACUGAUUGAUAGUCCUGUAGUAUUAUUUUUGUACAUUGUUGGAGAGUGGCGGGGAAAAAAAAAAAAGCUCCAAAUAAUUUAUAAGAAUUGUUUAAAAUAUUGGUUUGUUUACUGUUUUAUUGGCAAGUGAACAUAUAGGUACAUUUAUAAAAGGUGGCAUCUGUAUAUUAUUACGUUAAAAAUGGGUAAUUAUCUUAAAAUAUUCAUAUCUUUUGUACAGAUUUUGAUCAGGUGCCCUGUAAGAAACUGAUAAGUUUCCACUUUAUUUUUCUUAUGCACCCUCUACUCAGUGUAGUUCACUAUAUAAUCAAAGUAUACAUUUAAGUUGCCACAUUUCAAUGGCUAGUGAGGCAAUGGAACAUUAUGGAAAUCAUAAUCUUAUGUUUAUAAGAAGACGACUGCAAUUUAUUUUUAUGUGGAGUGUGAUGUUACUGGUUAUUUAUUAAGUUAAUUUACGCACCCCCAAAUAAAACUAUUGGUUUAUUUUAAAGUAAAUGUUAUUAACCAACUUUGAAAGUGGAAAAUAUAAAUCAUGUUAAAUUGAACACCUUAAAUGACUCAAAAUUGUGCUUAAUUUUAAUAUUUAAAAGUAAACAUUAAAAAUACAGCAUAAAAACUAAAUAUUUUAAUUAGUACAAUAGAAAUGCUUUUUUUCCUGACAACUCGGUUUCUAAAUUGAAGGACCACUUCUUUGUACAAUAACCCCUUUCUGCCACAUCCGUCUCCAUUAACAAACCUGAUCCCUGAAACGUGAAGUCAUUCCACAGCUUCAACUAUAGUAUGCGGUGGUUACUCAGGACCAUACCUAUUUUUGAAUGGCCAUUAUUAAAAUUGGAAAGUGCUCAAGUACCAUUUUACUUACACAGCAUGAUGAUACUACAGGUAGAAUUUUGUUGUCUGUGGAAACUUUGGGUCAAAGCAUCCUCUCCCAUGGAGAAGCCUGUCCAGAGAGGCCAAUGAGUGCCACAGGUCCCCUGUGUCUAAGCCUCCCAGCAAACAACUUCUGGAUCUUGGUCUCCUUUUCUUACAAGGAGGGGGUUUUCUCCCAGAAAAUCUAGGCCACUGUGUGAAUUAAACUGUAGAAAAAUGUUGCUGAAUGUAUGUUUAAAAACAAACUCUAUCACUGUAUAAAUGUGGUAUUUGUAUAUGAGUAACUAAACUUAUGAAAAUAAAGUUGUUUACCCCUUGCCUUUUAAAAACACUAAGAGGCAGAUGUUUAAGGGUAUUUAGGAGCCUCAAGAUGCAGCUAGAUGCCUAGUCGGAUUUUCAAAAGUGCCUUACUCGCCAUUAAUAGGAGUUAAGAACGUAGGUGCUCUUGAAAAUCCCCCUAGGCUCCUAGCAGCAUCCGUAGGGCCCUAAAUACCCUUGAACAUCUGACCCCAAGUGUUUGAGUUUGUUUUACCGUGUGAGGCUUUUUUAAGUGUUCUAGCAAGAAAUUUGCCUAGAGAAGCUCUUUCAUUGUAAACAUUCAUAGCAAUAUUAACAAAUAUCCACCUUUACUCAUACUUGUCAUACAAACUAAAGCUUUUUACAUUAGUGUAAACAAAAAUAAAGUUUUACAGCCAAUUAAUACUGUACCCCCUCACCCCACAUUACACACUUAAAAACAGUAGUUUCUAAAAUAAAAUAGACUGAGAUGACUCAGUAUAAUCCUGGAGUGAAAUCCUGGCCCUACUGAAGUCAGUGGAAGUUUUGCCAUUUACUUCAGUAGGUCCAGGCCCUGGAAUUCUUGUUAACGAUCAGCAGGAUAUAACAGCCUUCUUUUUAAAAAUAUUCAUAUUUGGACACAAGUACAUACAGUCCUCUUUUGCAAAAAGUACCACAAAUGGGCUGUAGUUAGAUGGAAAAAUCUAUGGAGUGAAAUUACAGGGUUUCUGCACAGCAUCAUUACUUUGGAAUAGGGUUUAGCAGCCCACAGAGGGGUCUCAGAGAGUUUGGACCUUCACCCAUUUCUCUGUGCAUCUGAAGGUAACAGAGGAAUGGGGUAUUUACAAAGAGGGCCAGACUCUCCAUGACAUUUCCUGGGACUCUUCCUGUCCUCUCUAACAAUAUACCAUCUAGACUGCUUCUGCCAUGGCCUUUCAACCCAUACCUGGCUCCAAAACACUUCAAGUCCCUCUUAGGUUUGCAUGCAUGAAGUAGGAACCUCUGGGAAUUAAAUCUGACUGGAUCGACAUUCAUUUUUGCACACUUUACCCUGUAAUUUGCAAGGAAACGAUGCUAUGUAGAGUUGUUUUCACUGGGAGUUUCCCACCCAAAAACCUGAUUAAGGGGUUGUGAGAUUCUCGAUGCUCUGAGCUCACCAGCCUUCAACAGAUUUAUAGCCAUCUGAGUGGGCUUUCUACUCAUUUUAUCAUUCCACAGUGAAAACCAGCGUGGGAAGGAUAUGGACCAUAAUUAGAACAAAGGAAACUAGCUAUGUUUUCGUAAGCAGAGUCAGGUAUGUAAAAAAUAUCCAUAAUCCUCUUUUCAAAAGUACAUUCAAGUUGAAGACUAUUUGAAAAUUAGAUGUAGGUUAAGACUUUCAUGGUUUAAAUGUGUUCUAGUCAAUUAAAAAUGUAGCUAUAUAAAUGUGUAUGUACACACAUUAUUACUGCAAAGAAGCACUCUCCUUUUGUAAAGCAUAGUACAAAAUUUCUUAUAAAUGAAAACCAAAAAUCAGAUCAGUUAUCACGUGAAUCAUAAAUGCACAGAACAAAUCAGUAGUCUCAAUUCGUUCCAAAGCCGGUGGACAGCUCCGCCAUUGAAGUCACUACGUAUAGAGCUCCACUGGUGUAGAGUUCAUUGUAAGAUUAGAGCCUGGAUUUUUAAAAUAUUUUGUUGUAAAAAGUUUAAACAUUCAUUCCUUCUCCACCUGCCUUAGUCAGAAAAAGAGCAGAAAUCAAUGUGUAAAAGUCAAGGAGAAUCGGCACUGAACACCUCAAGGACAGAGAAAAAAUAGACACUGACUUCACUCUGUUAUUCUCUUAAGUUUUAGUAAUAUUGUCGUGUAUCUAUAGAUGUAUAUUUAGAAGUGGUUAAAGACAAGGUUUAGGAAAAAUGUAUUUUAAAAAAUCAAACUUUUCCUUGAGGUGAACGUUAACGUUG